AAUAUAGCACGUAGUCCGUUGUUUACUUAUAGUUUUUAAGCCGGUUUUAUUCAGUCCUCCGUUAUUACGACAAAAGUAGUUGUCGUACAGGAUUCACAGGGUAUCAUAGGUAUUCAUAUAGGCAUCACAAUAGUACGCAGAAGUGCGAGCGGAGAGGGAAUCAAUAAAACUAUAGUGAUAAAAAGUAAAUGUAAAAUAAAUAAUGCAACCCGGAUGGGGCUUUAGUCGCGUGAAUGAAACUUUGCUCGAAGGAGUACUUAUCAUUAUCGUUUUGAUGAUGACCUGAUCGAGUCCAAGGUGGCGCAUUUUACUCGUGAACCGUAACGUACGGAACCAUAAUCAUAUAGUGGUGCCAAGUAUUCCGUCGUAAAAAAUAAUUGCAUGCUAUAUUAUUUACCUGUCGUUUCAUCAAGAUUUCGAAACAUAAUCAAUUUCCGUACGAAUAUUUCAGGUAUUAAAUGAUGUUUGUUCCGAAAUGAGCUAAAUUGAAACAAAACAAUAAUGAAGCUCACAAAAAAGUCCAUAAACGACGAUACCAACAUGGCCGAAGAAGUGGACGCAGAGCACGAAAAAUGGCAAAAACUGAAUUUAGGCUCAAAAGUUAAAUAUAUAAUUAACAACAUUACGGUGGAGCCGCUGCUCGCAUUUUUCAUCGUGUCAAGUGUGCUCGGCAACCUCACCACGCAAAACCUAAACUUACAGAAAUCAUGUAGGGUCAAUUUAAACAUGAGUGACGCCAUUUGCACUGCGUUGGAACAACGGAAUAAGACCAAUUACACCAUUGACCAGGAGGCAAGAGUCCAAGAGCUGGUCACCGACAUGACAAUGUGGCAGUCGGUUAUACAGCACACCAUACCGUGUAUAUUCGUGAUUUUCGUCGGAUCCUGGAGUGACAGGACCCGCAAGAGGAAACCGGUCCUGUUGUUGCCAAUUUUUGGAGAGCUCGUGCGGGUCUUGGGCUUAUUGGUUUGUGUGUUCUAUUUUUACGAACUACCGAUGGAAAUCGCCGGUCUGGUCGAAUCCGUGCCCGGGUCACUAACGGGUGGUUGGAUGAUCAUGUUCAUGGGUGUGUUCACGUACAUUUCAGACGUAACCACGGUGAAAAUGAGAACUCUUAGAAUAGGUGUGCUGAACCUAUCAUUAACCAUAGGGAUAUCUUUCGGUAUAGCCUUGUCUGGUAUUCUGUACCAAAAGCUCGGUUUUUAUGGAAUAUAUUCAAUAUGUUCCACUUUAUACUUCAUGGGUAUACUUUAUGGAUUUUUUUGUCUUAAAGAUAUAAAAAAUAACGACACACAGGCCAUUUGUGAAGACCCUAAAUUCGUUAAAAAUCCGUCAUUCUCAACAAAUGUUAAGGAAUUUUUUGAUUUAAUACACAUAAAAAAUGCGUUUAGAGUAACAUUCAAAAGAGGUAAUGAUAACAGAAGGCUCAGGAUUUUGAUGAUGAUGAUAGUUCUAAUGAUAAUAAUGGGUCCUAUGACAGGUGAAAUGUCAGUUAUGUACCUGUCGACCAGGAUUCGAUUUAACUGGGACGAAGUCGAUUACAGUAUUUUUUCUACAUUUACCAUGGUCACUGGUUUUAUUGGAACAUCAAUUUCGUUAUGGAUUUUCAAUCACAAGUUGAAAAUGGAUGACGCAUUGAUCGCUGCAAUGGCAUGUGUCAGUAAAGUCAUUGGUAGUUUCGUUUUCGCGUUUGCACCCAAUAAAUACAUAUUUUAUUUGGGCCCUGUUGUGGAAAUUAUUCAUGGCGCUGGUUCCAUUGCAACUAGAUCUAUAUUUACUAAACUUGUCACUCCAGACGAACUUGGUCAAGUAAGUGCUGUUGUAGGAGUUUUUGAGGCUUUUGUUCCAAUGAUAUAUGUACCGAUGUACAGUGCAUUUUAUAAAGCAACAAUGAAAACUUUCCCAGGAGCUUACUUCCUCCUCGGUGGUGGAUUAACUAUACCAGCAGUUUUUAUAUUUUUGUGGAUGCAUAAAGGAAAUAAAGAACGAGAAGCACGUGAAAUAGAAAAUAAUAAAUCUGAAAUAGUACAGAAAAAUUCUGAAUUAACGAAUGAUACAAUCAAAAUUCCUAAAUUAUACGAAACGUCAGAAAAAAAUAAUUAUGAAAACUCAGGAUAUAAAUCCGACUAUUACGGUACAAUGGAAAGGAACGAACGAGUAAAAAGUUUCACUCCGGAAGACGAAGACGAUCACAGUUGGCGAGGAAUGGGGUUCGGUUCCAGAGUGAAAUAUGUCUUCCGAAACAUCACCGUGGAACCGCUGUUGGCGUUCUUUCAGGUGUCGUCCGUCUUAUCGAGUCUGACCACACAGAAUCUCAACCUGCAAAAGGCAUGCAGGGUCAAUCUAAAGAUGGACAACGACGUCUGUCACGGAUUAGAAAACAAGAACAUGUCGUUCUACGCUGAUCAAGAAGUCCAAGUGCAGCAGCUGGUCGCGGACAUGCUCAUUUGGCAAACGAUGAUUCAGAGCAGCAUACCAUGUAUACUGGUCAUAUUCAUUGGGUCGUGGAGUGAUCGAAACAGAAAACGCAAACCGUGUAUGCUCGUCCCAGUUAUCGGCGAAAUCGUCAGAAACAUCGGCUUGUUACUUUGCGUGUUCUAUUUCGACGAGCUGAGGAUGGAGGUGGCCGGUCUAGUGGAAUCGAUACCAACGUCCAUGGCCGGUGGACUUACCGUUCUGUACCUGGCCGCUUUUUCUUAUAUGGGGGACAUAAGCUCCCUGAAAAACCGAACUCUCAGGGUAGGUUUAAUGAACUUAUUCUUUGGUGUGGCUUGGCCAGUCGGUGCUGCACUUUCCGGUGUUUUGUAUCAAAAACUAGGAUUCUUUGGAGUGUACUAUAUCUCUACAGCAUUGUACAUGAUAGCUUUUAUCUACGGCUCAGUCAACAUCAAAGAAAAUCCAGGGAUGUUAGAACUGAAAGAGCCUACACAGACGUCUAAAUCUUGCAUGUAUCUCGUGGUCGAUUUUUUCAGUCUAAGACACAUCAAAGAAGCAUUUCAAACAACGUUCAAAAAACGACCGCGAAGAAGAUGGACGAAAAUUCUUAUGCUGAUGUUUACAAUAGUUGUCAUCCAAGGGCCUUCACAUGGAGAAUCUGGAAUUGCCUACUUUUACACGAGAGUUCGUUUCAAUUGGAAUGAAUUGGACUACAGUUUAUUCUCGACAUUUUUAUUUAUGACAAAUAUUGUAGGUGUUGGAUUCUCGAUCGGAGUUUUAAGCCACUUAUUGAAACUAGACGACGCACUCAUUGGAGUGAUCGCUUGCCUCAGUAAAGUAUUCGCUGGAUUCGUAUUUGCAUUUGCACCAUCAGAAUUCUAUUUUUACAUUGGUGCUGUGGUUGAUGUAAUGAGUGGUACUACAUAUAUAGUAAUGAGAUCGAUUCUCUCAAAGAUCGUACCUCAUGCUGAACUUGGUCAAGUAUCAGCAAUAAUGGCAGUCAUUGAAACAAUAGUGCCUGUUGUGUACAAACCUUUGUACAGUGCAAUAUACAGAGCGACUCUGACCACGUUUCCGGGAACAUUUUACGUGAUUAGUUCAAUAAUGCUCACACCAGCCAUAUUUGUGUAUUGGUGGAUGUAUUAUAUAAAUAACCAGGAAGAUAAGAAAACAGGUACUGUUGAAGAAAUCAAAUCAAAUGAUAAUCUUGCUUUCGAAAAUAACUGAAGACUAUUUAUAAUAUUCUAAAAUUUGAAUAGAUUUAUUUUAUUUUUGAGUAUCUAUAGUAAAACGAUAUAUUGUUUAUAUGAUAAUUUGUUUUAAUUAAAAUGUGUAUCAAACUUCAUGUUUUCUGAUGUAUAUCACAUCCACAUUAGUUUGUGUUGUUUGCACUAAUUAUCUAUAAUACAUUUUAUUAAUAUUUGGGACAAGAAAAUAUUUGUUAUUUGUUAUGUAAUGAAAAUAAAUAAUAUUUUAAAAUAUCCUUA